AUGACUAGCACGAUGAAUCUUGGAUUUGGCGAGUAUCCCAUUGUACUCAGUGAUGCCUUACUCGGAAGAGCGACGAGUGAGUUGUAUACCGGUGUCAACUAUAGUCAGAAAAUUGCGAUAGACUCUUUCUCAACAAGACCUCGCCGACUAGCACCAUCGGGAAAAAAAACGAACAACUACAGCCUAUCUUUUCCCGAAAGUUCGGACAACCUCUCUUAUCAAGGAGAGAGAAGUUCGGCCCACGAACAGUACAUCCUGAUUUUCGAUGCAGACAAGGAACAAUUUGUACUACAUCGAGUAGAUUCCAACUUUGAUAUGAAGAGAGUCUAUUCUUCCAGGUCAAAAAAUAUUACUGGAUCACAUACGCAAAACAGUAAACACGAGUCGGUUACUAACCACCAACCUGCUGCUCUACCAAAGAAGAGCUUAAAAAGAGCACAAGCCGCCACAGAGGACUCUGACCAGCAGAAAGCCAAAAAACCAAAGUACCGAACGCAGCCCGAUCCAUCACCCGAAAUUGACCAAGUCGAAGAAGAAUCCGACGAUGGUCUGACCAUCGAGUUUCCCGGUGCUCAGAGCCCUGUCAAUGGGCAGUAUGAUGCCUCGCCAUUACAUCAACGGCAAUUGAGCGAAGAAGAUAGCGAUGAGGAGAGGGAUAUCGCCCCAGGUGAUUAUCAGGUAUCGAAACAAACUGCAGAAGAUUUGAAGCAUCCUAGUCCUGGAGCAAACUCAUCUCUCGAAAUGAGCGAUGAAGACAUGGAGUUGGCACUGGAGGCCGAACUUGAACAGGAGCUUCUAAAAGAGUCAGCCGAAGCAAUGGCAGAUGAGAGCGACGAGAGCGAAGAAGAGUAA